UUUUAUUCUCUCGGUCUUCCAUUUUCCAAUGGAAGUCGUUUCUUAGGCGCAGAAGAAGAGGACGCCAAAAAGAAACCAAAGUUUCUCCCGAGACAGGUUAUCAUAGAUGAAGUUUCUACAUUUUUGGCAUUUGUAAUAAGAAAGAAGAAAUGGGAGGUUGCUGCUGUUGUUCUUCACGAAGAGCUGAUGUAGAUAACGGACCUGCAUACUAUUAUCAGUACCCGAGGGCAACAGAGGAACGUGUUCCUUUGUCCUCUCAUAACAGAACUUCCUCUGCGAUCUCCUCUGCUGUUCUGGUAGACACAAACCUGGAGACAUCAUCUCCUGAUGCUUAUACACCACCUCCCCCACCUCUCCCUUUCGAUGUGGCUUUAGGCCAUCCUCAAACCCCAGGAAGAGCUCAGGAAAUUUAUGCUGAUAAAAGAGAUGGGCCAGUGGGAACCACUAACUCUCACCCUGCCCAAGAAACAGUCGACGGUGUUAUUCUCGGGGUUCCAACUAGUUUCCCAGAUAAAGAUGCAGAUUGUAAGUUGGAAACAGACAUUGAUCUUGGAUCAAUGGAAGACAUAGACCCCAAAAUCUCAAAGAAAAUGGAGGAUGCUUCUCCGACUGAGGAGGAAGAUUGUUGUCCCAUCUGUCUAGAAGAGUAUGACGACGAGAACCCAAAACUUCUGACAAAAUGUGAGCACCAUUUUCACUUGGCAUGCAUUCUCGAAUGGAUGGAGAGAAGUGAAACCUGCCCGGUCUGCGACAAGGAAAUGGUUUUCGACUCUCCCCUCGACUAGCAAUUCGAGAAAUGGCAUAUUUGCGCGGUUAGGGUUGUCGAUCGAUAAUUAAUGGUACGUCUCUUGCUGUUCUUUGGACGCUCAAUUCUGUCUGAGAAUGCAAAGGAGAAGUAAAAAAAAUUAUGGUAAGAAAAGCCAGAACUAGGGAGAGAUUCAGAAUUGGGUCCAUUCCAUAUGCACAGAAUAUGAAUAUAUAUAUAUGGUUUGCAUUACAUUUCAAUAUAUAUAUAUACACACGUAAAAUGUGUUUACACUUGUUGAAGUCCACACAGGUGAAGGAAAUUAGGGUUUUGCUUUAGAAUUCACUUCUGUGAAGGGGAAGGUGGGGGGGAAGAUUCGGUUGUUGGUAUCUUACGAUUUGUUCUUUGUAUAUGCAAACACCAACUUUGUAUUCCCUUUUGAUUUGUUCGUUCGUUCAUGGUUUUAUAAGUUUCUUUGUUUUCCCUAA